CGCACGCGCGCGAUGAAAGCCUCUCACAUUCCCACAAGCGCUUUGGAGGAAUUGGAUGGAGCUGCCGCGUCUCUCUCCGACUCAGAGGAAUAAAAAUACGCUUUACUCACCGUUCAACAUUUUUCGUUCAGACGGAACAACGUGAUGCCGAGAAUUUCUACAAGAGAGUUGUAUCUUUUUUUCUUUUCUUUGACGUGAACUCAAGUUUUUGGAUGCGAAUAUCGGGAGAGAGUUUUACGCCCAGGAGGGACUUCACAUCAGCGGCUUUUGUAGUCUUCCCCCCACCCCCCUAUGAAACAAGGAAAAAAAAUGUCCGCAGGGAAAUUACAACCUGAGCGUUUACGACUUUAAAUAGGCGGAAUGUUUUAAAGGAUUUCCCUCGAGUCGUAAUAAGGAGCGCCCUCAUUGUCCUGAGCGCACAUCGUCUCCGUAUGGCGGAAAACGUGCUCCGCGGUAAAUAAAGUCAACAUAAGACACCUUAAAAGCUCGCAAACCCAAUUGAACUGUGCUGCUGUUCCCAAGCCCUGCACGAGAGUAGAACUGCCUCCUGUCAUUUGAUUUUUUUUUUUUACGGAAUGGCAUUUCAGUGGAAGUUGCCUUCAAAUGGCUUUUCACUUUCCCCCAGGUUAUGGCUACCCUUUCCAUGCCUAAUGGCACAGUGACAGUGAAACACUCGGAUCUUUGCAAAGGUUAAGUAUGACUGCAGCAGCAGGUGUGCUAACAGGCUUGGCUAAGCUAAAACGCCAAGACUCCGCCCGCUCUCAGCACCGGCCCUUACCUACAUCGCCGGGCCUGGGAAACUCCGCCCCAGAGGCUGCCCCCAGAAAGCGGAAGCGACGCACCGAUGUUGUGGUUGUACGUGGUAGGCUCCGCCUCUACUCCGCCUCCGGGUUUUUCCUCCUCCUUGGACUGGUCAUCUUGGCCGUAGGGAUUGGCAUGGCGACGCUGGGUUACUGGCCGCACAGUGAAACCAUGCCCUCAGCCAGAGCGCCGACCGGAGGAGGAUCUAAGCCAGCAACUGCUGGAGGAACAUCUGGAGGAACAUCUGCCACAGGAGAAGGAAACAGAACCAUGGUGGCCGUCACAGACAAGGACGCGGCUAACUCCAGCACGAGUCAUAAUGUGCAAGGUACGCCCUCCAAGCAGACUGGGGGCGCUCUGACACGGUUCCUGGAACAGCAUCGUCACUCUGAGAGGAUGAAGAUGUUCGGGCCCUUCACAAUGGGCAUUGGGAUUUUCAUCUUUAUCUGUGCUAAUGCCAUUCUUCAUGAAAACCGAGACAGAGAAACUAAGAUAAUCCACAUGAGAGACAUGUACUCCACUGUCAUUGACAUCCAUCGCCUCAGGCAGAGAGAGCAAAAACAACACCAUCACCGCAACAGCACCUAUGCAAGAGAAGUUGGGGAUCUUCGAGCCUUUGGAGCUGAUAACGCAGCCUGGUUGGCCAGCAACUCUCCCCUGGCGUAUUCCUCUCGGGCCGGAGGGGGAGGGUCUACAGAAGAAGAGGAGGUGCUGUUAGGGGACGAGGAGUUUCACAGACACAGGGGGCAGGCUAAGAUGGAUUGUAGCUUUGCGGGGCUGCUGGCGCCGCUCUACAAGGAUCGCCCCUUCUGCGGCCCGGGCCUCGGGCUGGCUCGCUCGGAUUCAGUACGCCACCAGUGGUCGGUGGAGGGAGAUGGGGGGAAGGGAGGACACCAUGCACGCUCUAUUGUUUCCUCCUCCAUAUCUGCAUUUACUCUCCCUGUUAUAAAACUCAACAACUGCGUUAUUGACGAGCCGGAGAUGGAGGCGAUUACUGAGGAGGAGAGAGGAGGAGAGAGGAGAGGCGGGCAGACGUCACAGCCUCUGAGCUCCAUGGAGUCUCUGGUGGUUCCUGUACCAUCUGUUGCCAAGGCCUCCAAACCGCCAAGCUUACACCGGAGUAACUCGGCCUCCUCUUCCUCUCACUGCUCCUCUGUCUCCUCUUGCUCCCUCUCCCCUGCUCCCUCCUCUACCUCAGGUUGCUGGCUCUCCCCGGGAGCAGCAAGGAGUGAUUUUGGCUCCAACUCCUCCUUGCACAUGCUCGGCAGCCACUCCAAAUCUCUGGACCUGGAGCGUAGGCCGAGCAUGCUCAGCGUGCACCCCGAGCAGCGCAAGCACCCCAGCUGGCCCCGCCUCGACCGUAGCAACAGCAGCCGUAGUAACAGUGGCAAUCGGGGCAGCAGUAAAGGCUACAUGCGGCUAGAGGACAGGGAAAGCGAGCAAGGGGAGCGGCUGUUAGAUGCGUCAAUGUCUGUUACAGACAGGCGCGACUACAGUAAGCGGGAGAAGCUGCUAAUGAUAUCCAGGUCGCAUAAUAAUCUGAGUUUUGAGCACGACGAGUUUAACAGCAGUACACUGAAGAGGGGCAGCUCUGAGACUCGAUUCUGAAGACGCUGAACUAAAGGUUGAAGACAGUUCUGUAAAUUUGUCUCCAGACAGUAUGAGUGUACAGCCCGGGAGAGAUGAAACUUAAACGUGGUUUCAAAGAAACUUUUUUUGAGCAGCAGGCUGGAGAGUAGUGAGUAAUGGACCAUCUUGCGCAGUAGAAGGUUCAGGGACGCUGAACGCCUGCUGUACCAGGUCCAGAGGUGCUGUGCCGUAUUUGACCCUAACCUGUGAGCUCUGUUGAGGGAGACGUUCCCUACAGGGAUCAAUAAAGAAUAAAUCACAUCAUCAGUCUACUUUAUACAUAGUGUUAAAUGCUUUCAUUCCAGCUGCUGCUGGUGAAAUCAAGGACACACUGGAAGCGCUUUGAGUACGUUUCUCCCUCCGCAGGUGGCAGUGACACAAAGGCAAAUCUUUUAUAACAAUGUCACAAGGUACAACCUGAGAAAUAAGCAUGGACAGUUAAAUAUCAGAAUACAAGAAGCUUUAAAAAAAACAAAGCUACGAAGUGCUUAAUAUGGUUGUAUAGACACACUGAGGCUAAUAAUGAUCAUUUUCAUUUUCAAAACAGACAUGAAAACUUAACCAGAAUCAGCUUGUAACUUAUAGCCUGGUGUAAACCUAUAUAAGAACACGUAAUGGCAUACUGCAGCGACGAGGCUCCAAAAGACAUAUAUUGUUUAUAAGGUGGUUGAUGUACGUUUGUGUGUCUGUUUGAUCCUCAGAUUGUAGCAGAUGUAGAGAUCCACACGAGUCAAACAAAACCAGUUACUAUAACAUAAAUACGCUACAGCACAGAUUGAGUUAAAUCAAGAUGCUGCAGGCUGCAAAAUACAAUAACAGAGUCAAUGUUGUCCUUGCUGCCCUUUUCCCCAAGAACUAUAGUAAGAAGUUGUGUAUGUCUGCUAGAAAACUACAAGUAACAAUCUCCGUCUAUGGCUUUGCUAGAGGCAUCUUGAGUUUAUUUCUUACUAGAAAAGAUCUUGAUUGACUUCACUCAGGAUAUCACGUUGUCUACGUUGAUAAUUUUUUUUUAGAGCUAUUCACAAAGCUAUUCAGUAUUAGAGAAAGCCCUAAUAUUUGAAUAUUUAUAGACUUGACUACGAAGUAUGAUAAAUUAGGGUUGUAACCAAUGAUUAUUCUCAUUAGUUUAGUAUUUUUGAUCAAUCAAUGCUCUAUGAAAUGCCAAAAUGUAUGACAAAUUAUCACAUCUGGAGGUACUUCUACUUGAUAAAUGACAAUUGAUUAAGAGAAUUGUCAUUGAUUCAUUUCAAGUCAAUCAACAAUUUUUUUACUCUGCACUAUUGAAAAAACAAUAUUUGAAACAAAAAUCUGUAUAAAUGAGAGUGUAAUGUAUUGCCAUUUCACUCGAGCCAACAGUAAAUCACCAUGUACACAUUUAUCUUGUGCUAUAUGUAUAAAGUAUGUGUAUAAAUCCAGGAAGCUGUAAUAUUUAAAGUCCAACUGAAGUUGUCUUGUCUGCUACAGCAUACAUAUCUGCUUUUAAACAACAACCCACAUUUGCUUUCCUGCUAAUGUUUCCUUCUUAUUUAACCUACAAAAUUGAAAAUACACGUCUUGUCCUUGUAGUUGUUGAACGAGCGGGCUAACAUCAGUUUGCAGGCUACAUAGCUAAUUAGCUGCUCAGCUGCAGUCCAUUAAACAGCACGUAGAAGUACCUGCAAACAGAACUUUGGUUCAGUUAGAUGCUGGUUUAACACUGUCUGCACAUGACAUGCACACUACAGCACAAGUUUGUUUACUUUGUCGCUCGUUCCCUACGGUGUAACACCGGCACUCUGGCAGCCUGCAAGCUGCUGUCAAUCAAACAAAGACACGCCUCUAUAGCCGGCUGAGACGAAAAGGAGCAUUUCUGUUAUUUCCCCCAAGACCUUAAAAAACAGACAAAAAACUAUAAACGAUGCAUUAAAAAAAAAAAACAUGUUGACAUUAGAUAUUUGACUGCAAAAAGGAACGACCAAAUGUAAUUUCAGUUGGACUUUAAAAUGUAAGCCAUGCCAUUUUCUUCUACAGUUGCCUUUGGCACAUCUUGUGUUGCUUUUUAUUUGUUUAUAAUCUUUGGGACACUAUUUACCACAUGAUGAUGACGAUUGCAGGUUUAAAUUCAAGAAUUCAGCUACUGAGCAACAUAGUAAUAAUGUCUCAGCAUCAGGAGAGCUUCAUUAACUGGUUCCCAGCAGUUUAUGGGUCAAUGUCCAAAAUAAAUAGUGUUUUCACUGAAA